CCCGUGAUGCUUUUCGGCCAAACAGUCAUGGUUCCGCACAUCACCCGCCGCCACUGAUGACUUGGGAAGAAUGUGUUCAAGCAAAGCGUUUGCAACUAUGCAUGGAUUUAUCUUCCUCGCCAGUUUUUUCAAAACUUCUGCGACGACUUCAAACUCAAAAGGGUUACACUCUUCCCACAGUGCCUCCGAAAACUAUGCCAUGUACAUAUGGCACAACCGGUUCUAUGUGUAUGCAGCCUUUGCGCUUGCCUUGACGCUCUGGGUUUCAUUCAAGAUGAUCCUGAAGAAGAAAAGCUUAUCAAAGGACGUCAGCUCCUGGGUCCAGGAAGCUAUGAAGAAUCCAGAGGGCUGUGAUAAACGUGCUGAAGUUCACGUGUCAGGAGUGAAAAUCUUCUUUGGCUCACAGACUGGUACAGCUAAAGGUUUUGCAAAGCAGCUGUCAGCAGACGUGAGGAGUCUGGACCUCGCGACAGAGGUGAUUGACAUGAAGGACUAUGAUCCAGACGAUCAGCUGGCUGACGAGUGCAGCAGCAAGUGUGUGUCUGUGUUCCUGGUGUCCACCUACACGGACGGGCAGCCCACCGACAACGCUGAGUGGUUCUGCAAGUGGCUUGAGGAAGCGUCCACCGACUUCCGCUAUGGGAGGACGUACCUGAAGGGCCUGCGCUACGCCGUGUUUGGCCUGGGCAACUCCCUUUAUGCUGCCCACUACAACACAGUGGGCAAAAAUGUGGACAAGUGGCUGUGGAUGCUGAGUGCCUCUCGGAUCUUAACCCGCGGCGAAGGCGACUGCAACGUGGCGAAAAGCAUCCAUGGCAGCAUUCAGGCUGACUUCCUGGCCUGGAAGGUCAAGUUCCUCAAACGUCUGCGGGAUCUUUGUCAGGACGACGACAACUGUUGUAGGAAACGCAAGGAGGGCACUUCCUGCAUCCAGACGGAUGGACAAGAAGUAGAAGAAGGGAAGAACACCGCUCUGGAUAAUAACAAUUCUGAGGAGGAGCUGGUGGAGUCGAGCAGUGACGAAGACGUCUCGUCAACCUCCCCCUCCGUGUUGGACGUGGAAGAUCUGGGCAGCCUGAUGAGCAGCGUCAAGCAGAUUCCUUCAGAUGGCGGGCAGGUAGCCAAGCGCUCCAGGAAGGUGGCGAGGAAGAACCAAGAGGGGAAAGAAGAGCGACGGGAGAUGAUAACGCCCGCCUUGAGAGAAGCUCUGAGCAGACAAGGGUACAAGCUGAUUGGAAGUCACUCAGGUGUGAAGCUGUGCCGUUGGACCAAGUCCAUGCUGCGGGGCCGAGGCGGCUGCUACAAGCACACCUUUUAUGGCAUCCAGUCCCACCGCUGCAUGGAGACCACACCGAGCCUGGCCUGCGCCAACAAGUGCGUCUUCUGCUGGAGACAUCACACCAAUCCGGUGGGCACCGAGUGGCGCUGGAAGAUGGACCCCGCUGAGAAGAUCCUGGAGGAAGCACUGGAGAAACAUCAGAACAUGAUCCGCCAAUUUCGAGGCGUCCCCGGCGUGAAGUCAGAUCGUUACGAGGAGGGUCUGACAGCGCAACACUGCGCUCUGUCCCUGGUGGGCGAGCCCAUCAUGUACCCUGAAAUCAACCGCUUUGUGCGACUCCUCCAUUCCCGACGCAUUUCAAGCUUCCUGGUCACCAAUGCUCAGUUCCCCGAGGAAAUCAGGACGCUGGAGCCAGUCACUCAGCUGUACGUAAGCGUGGAUGCCAGCACCAAGGACAGCCUGAAGAAGAUCGACAGGCCACUCUUUAAGGACUUCUGGACACGAUUCCUGGACAGCCUCAAGGCCCUGGCUGAGAAGAGGCAGAGGACAGUGUAUCGGUUAACGCUGGUCAAAGCUUGGAACGUGGAGGAGAUAACUGCCUACUCAGAGCUUGUCGCAUUAGGCCAGCCCGACUUUAUCGAGGUCAAGGGUGUGACGUACUGUGGUGAAAGUUCAGCCAGCAGUCUGACUAUGGCCAACAUCCCAUGGCACCAGGAAGUGGUUGUGUUUGUGCAGCAGCUGGUCAACAUGCUGACUGACUACGAAAUCGCAUGCGAGCACGAGCACUCCAACUGUCUUCUUAUUGCCCACAAGAAGUUUAAGGUGAAUGGCAAGUGGCAUACGUGGAUCGACUAUGAUCGUUUCCAGGACCUGGCCAGGGCCUACCAGGAGAGCGGCGGUGAAAAGGUUUUCUCCUCGUCGGAUUACACGGCGCAGACCCCCGACUGGGCGCUGUUCGGAGCAAGUGAGCAGGGCUUCGACCCGGCCGAAACCCGCUUCCAGAGACGCAACAAAGGCAAAGAUCUCUCUGGAUGCUGAUUGCACCACUUUGAUGAGGACUUUUAAUUGGGUUUUAUUUUCAAUACAUCCCUUCCUCAUUAUUGGGUUUUCUCUCUCUCUCUCUCUCUCUCUCUCUCUCUC